GCCCGGUUGUGACGUCACAGGGGGCGCUGGUUGCAGAAUCAGUGCGUGGCAGUCACUCACUUUUUUGUGGACAUCCUGCAAACAACAUCUGGACUUUGGGUACAAGAAAUGUCAAACAACGACAAGCAGAAGCGGCAACAACCGCCAGGCUGCUGUCUUGUCUGCUGUGCUGCAGCCCACUCAGGAGAUCCAUGACCAACCCGUGGACUUUGUGCAAGUUUUCCUACUACUUACAGCCGCCAUGGAUCAGUCUGUAGCCAUCCAAGACACCCUGGAAGGAUCAGAAAACUGCAUAAUAGCUGUACAAUGUGAUGUCCUCUUAGAUGAUAUCACUGAAAGCAGACUGCUGGGAUUGGUACAGUCUGCAAAAGAACAUGCAAUCUUUAUUUAUACCCAUCGACGGAUGGCCAUCACUGCUGAUGAUGUUUGCCUGGAGGAUGUCGUACCGAUCUCCCUGGACUUUGCUGUAGUUGAGAUUUCUUCCUCAGAGAAGCUUGCACUCGUUGGCGCUGAUACCCGAGUGAGAGUGAGUUACCACGAAGACAGUUUGGAGCUCGUACUUCCUUUCGGGUCCCACUCGCGACUCUUCCUCGCCGAGGUCAUCAGAGCGUGGAGCGAUGUUUGCAAGUUUCCCUCCCAAGAAGCCAAGUUUGAGUGGAUCAGCAAAUACCGAACAGCUACCAGAGGCCAGGGACUCGUCAAACAAGCCCUUGCACCCCUCGGCACAACACUGAAUAAACUCAACCAGCACAGGAAAACAGAGAAAUCGUCAGACAAGAAAAAGGGAAGCUUGGAAGGACAAAAAAGUUCCAACAGUGCGACGCACAUCACCAGAGCACAUUACGCCCCUGAAAGCCAGGGCAUAUCCAGCCGAGACGACCGUGAUGACCUGGUUCGCUCCUCCAGUCACAUGCCAUCCAACAAAGCGCACAUUUUAGCGAUGCCGCAGUUUGGCCUGCGAGACAACCUCAUCAGGUGUGAGCUGCUGAAGAAUGAGGAUCUGUACAUUUACCGAGAGCAUUUCAGUUUUUUCCUGGGCACGUACAAUGUGAAUGGGCAGCCACCGAAGGAAAGCCUCCAUCCAUGGCUGAGCUGCACCCCCAACCCUCCUGACAUGUAUUGUGUGGGCUUCCAGGAGCUCGACCUCAGUAAAGAGGCUUUUUUCUUCAACGACACUCCCAAAGAGCUGGAGUGGACGAAGGCCGUGUCUGAAGCCUUGCAUCCAGAUGCCAAGUAUGCCUUAGUGAAGUUGGUUCGCCUGGUGGGCAUCAUGCUGCUCUUCUACGUGAAGAAGGAGCAUGCCGAGUUCAUCUCGGACGUGGAGGCCGAGUCGGUGGGAACCGGGAUAAUGGGGCGAAUGGGAAACAAAGGCGCGGUGGCAAUCCGGUUCCGCUUCCACAACUCAGACAUCUGCGUGGUCAACUCUCACCUGGCGGCACACGUCGAAGAGUAUGAGAGGCGCAAUCAGGACUACAAGGACAUUUGUAGCCGGCUUCAAUUUCGACCGAUUGAUCCUUCUCAGCCCUCACUGAAUAUCAUGAAGCAUGAUGUGGUUUUAUGGAUCGGGGACCUCAACUACAGGAUCAGCGACCUCGACGUCAACAAUGUAAAGGAUCUAAUCAGCAAGAAGGACUUUGAGAUGUUGCACACUUACGAUCAGCUCAAGAGGCAGAUCGACGAGGAGGCGGUCUUUGUUGGCUUUGUGGAGGGGGAGAUCGACUUCCAGCCCACCUACAAAUAUGACACAGGCUCCGACAUGUGGGAUACCAGUGAAAAAUGCCGCGUGCCUGCGUGGUGUGAUCGCAUUCUGUGGCGAGGAAAGGAGAUCAAGCAGCAGCAUUAUCAGAGUCACAUGACUCUCAAGACCAGUGACCACAAACCUGUCAGUUCCUUGCUUGUCAUCGGGAUCAAGAGAGUUAAUGCAGAAUCCUACAAGAAAACCUUCGAAGAAAUUGUUCGCAAUUUAGACAAGAUGGAGAACGAGUGCAUUCCGUCCGUAACCUUGUCCAAGCGAGAGUUCCACUUUGAGAACGUGAAGUACAUGGAGCACCAAGCCAAGACGCUGAGCCUCUUCAACGACGGCCAGGUCCCGUGUCAAUUUGAGUUCAUCCAGAAGCCUAACGAGGACACGUACUGCAAGCCCUGGCUCACAGCCAACCCUCCCAAAGGCUUCAUUGCUCAGGGCUCUUCUGUCGACAUCGACCUCGAGGUUUUUGUGAACCGCUCGACAGCGCCCGAGCUAAACUCGUGCACGCAAGAGAUGGAAGACAUCCUAGUCCUGCACCUGGAACGUGGCAAGGACUACUUCAUUUCUGUGACGGGACACUACCUGCCCAGCUGCUUUGGCACACCCAUCCACAUGUUGUGUCGGCUGAGGGAGCCCAUCCAAGACAUGCCCCAUGAGGCCCUCCGUGAACUGGUGGUAACAUCCAGGAAUGAGAUUGAGAGCGUUGAAAAGCCUCUUGACAUUCCAAAAGAACUGUGGAUGAUGGUGGAUCACUUGUUCCGCAAUGCAAUCAAACAGGAAGACAUAUUUCAGCAACCUGGACUCCGAAGUGAAUUUGCCGAAAUAAGGGACUGCCUCGACACCGGCAUGGCAGAUUCUCUCUCUGGCAGUAACCACUCAGUAGCAGAGGCCUUGCUUCUCUUCCUGGAUGCCCUCCCAGAGCCAGUGGUCCCCUAUGCUUUUUACCAGCAGUGCCUUGAGUCUUGUUCCAAUGCCAGCCAGUGUGAGAAGGUUAUUUCCGCGCUACCUCAGUGCCACAGAAAUGUUUUUAACUACUUAGCCGCCUUCCUGCGGGAGCUGUUGAAGAAUUCUGCAAGUAAUCGGUUAGAUGUUACCAUCGUAGGCACCAUCUUUGCCUCACUGCUCCUCAGGUCGCCCACCAAGCAGGACCUAGCAGAGAAGAGGAAGGCGCGAGAGUUCUUUCAGCACUUCUUAGUCCAGGGAUCAUUGUCAUCAUCAUCAUCAUCAUCAUCCUAGAUUGGAGGACCACCAACUUUAAAUUAACACUAUAAUCUAUUGUGCAAUGUUUGAAAUAAACUGUUAAUAAUUUUGCAUAUUCCUUGGUAAGUCUUCAUAAACAUCAAGAUAGUAUGGUUCAUAUAAAUGACUUACCCGUGGAUGCAUGGAGAGACCACUUCAAAUGUAUGUUUAUUGUAUUUAAUUACAAUUUGUAUUUUAAUGUUUCUGAUCCCGACAGCAUCAGUGUUUUCUAUAUAAAGUUGUUGGAAAGUGACUGUUUUGUG